GGCCAAUGAUCAGCCCCGCGCCGAGAAAUUGGGACCGGGGUGCGUUUGCGGGCCGCGCCGAUUAACACAAAUCAGCAUACGGCGGAUGUCACCCUGCGGCAAGAAGUCCGCCCUUUCAUAAACAAUGACGCGCAACAUCUGAUUGUGGAGCCUUUUGAGACAGAUUAUGUGCUUUGCUUUGAGUUCUCAAGGGGUCCAGCCGCAAUGAAGACCUCGCGCCGAAGCAACAUGUCGGUUACUGAUUUGACAGAGUGCGGUGAGUCCUCAUGGGAAUCGUAUGACUCUAUUAUUGAGUAAGUCGUUCCAAAUUCCGAAGCUGUUACGGGUGGCAGACCUAAUUUAUUAAUGAAGCAUCGUCGCCGUUCACGGGUUAUACGAAACAGGACUCAAAACAUGGAGUGACCCCAACACUGGCCAGAUAUGGCUGCGCGACCUGUUUCCAUUCCGACAAUAUCGAGCUCGAAUCCUCUCCUACGAAUAUGAUACGGACAGUCUCAUGGCGCCCGGCGGACCCGCUGCAACUGGGAUUUAUGAUGAGUCUAUCAGAUUGGUGAUGGAGUUGGUGGCCGAUCGAACGAUUCAUAAAGUGCAAGAACGGCCCAUAAUAUUCAUCUGCCAUGGAUUUGGUGGAUUAUUGGUCAAGCGAGCGUUAUCCUUUUCAAAUUCCAGGAAGGACCCGAAGGUCGAACAUCAAAGAUCCAUUUUUCGAUCAACAUAUGGUAUUCUGUUUAUGGCAACGCCGCAUCAUGGCAUCCCCGGGGAGUCCUUAUCCUAUACGCAAAGCGAGAAACAUCUAGGCCCCAGUCAAUUCUCGCUGAGCCUUUUGGAGGGGUCAGAGACUCUCGCGGAGAUCAACGAUCAGUUCGCACCACUAGUAAAGAUGUUCUCGAUUUACAACUUUUGGGAGCAGAUCGAAACCGACUUUGGACAUGCUAAGGCAAUAGUGGUGCCGAGGACGUCGGCGGCUCCACCAGAAUGGAGCGACGUGGAUAAAUGCGGAGUGAAUGCGACCCAUUCAGGGAUUGCCAAAUUCAGUCGCAAAAAUUCUCCUGGAUACCGACUCGUAUUUGCCGCAUUGGAUAGUUAUAUUUCAAAGGCUGUGCAGUCCAUUCAAACAAGGUGGCAGCAAGACAACGAAAUCGUGCACCAGCAGCGAAUACACGAGCUAUCCAGUCUUCAGGCAUACCUACAUUCAAACCCUAGUGUACCGUCGAGAUCUACUUCACCCAUUCCUUCCAUUCGUCUGGAAGCCUCGCCACAGAUUCCGACCUAUCCUCAAGUCUCCGAUGAGAAUCCGAUUCCCUAUACGCAUACCCACUGGAUGGUCCCCCCUCAGUCAGAAUAUUAUGUCGGCCGGCAAGAACAGGCAGACUUGCUAACAGAGCGCUUGAGAGAUGUGGACGCAAAAAGCCCUAAGAUAUGUGUGAUCUACGGGCUUCCAGGCUCUGGCAAAACCCGAUUUUGCUUAAAGUACGCAGAGGAAAACAGGUACAGGUACUGGGGACUAUUUUUGGUCGAUUGUUCAACUGAGAUCAACGCGGAAAACAGCUACAGCAGCAUAAGUCAGAAGGCUGGCAAAGGCGGCGAAGCCAGUGCGGCUUUAGAAUGGCUCUCCCAAACGUACGAGCCAUGGUUGUUAAUCCUGGACAAUGCCAACCAUCCGGAAAUGAAUUUGUCAAGAUUUAUCCCAUCAGCUGGGAACGGCCAUAUUCUGGUGACAACUCGCAAUCCUGGAGCCCAGAUAUACAGCACCAUUUCGUCAUUUCAAUUCAAGGGCAUGAAUCCGGAGGAAGCUAUCACACUUCUCCUCCGUUUGGCCUAUCCAGAGGGAGACCCGCAGUCAUUAAAUGCGCGAAACAGGAAGCCAGCCGAGGUGAUUGCUUCCGAGCUCGGGUAUCUAGCUCUCGCCCUCAAGCAGGCCGCUGGCACGAUUCGCGAGAGUUUCUUACCAUUGGAAAGAUACCUGGACUCUCUGCUUGGCUGUCGCAGAUCUUUGCUCUGUCGCCGGAGUAUUCGAUGUGCGACAGAUGUUAACAUCAUUGCCACCUGGGAGCUACCAUUUCAGGAGAUUACCAACGGCAAAACCCAGAGGUACCAGGAUGCGGUUUGCUUAAUUCACAUAUUCGCCUUCAUGCACUUUGCUUCGAUCCCCGCGGAUGUCUUUUCCAGAGCAUCGGAUGAUAUGAAGGACUUACAAUCCCAAGUUCAAGUCCCGCUUCUAUUGGAACCAAGCUCAACGCAAGGAGUUCAAGACCGAGUUCUGGCAGCAGCGCGUGCACUUUACGACCAUUCAAUCAUUUCUAUGACUCGCUCAAACGAGUUAGGAGCUGGAUCAACGCGCAGACGCAGUCCAGUAGCGUGCUUUUCUAUGCAUCCCGCGAUCUAUGAAUGGGCUCGAGAACGAUUAGACGACUCAUCACAACGGGACUGGCUAGGCUCUACAGCCGCGAUCCUAGCUAGCUCAAUUUCGUUGCAGCUUGAAACAUCCGGUCGUGCCUUUCGCAGACAGCUAUUACCGCAUAUUGAUGCAUGUGUUUCCUUGCUCAAAGCCACGUAUCCGGACCUUCCUUGCAGCGCUGAGCAGGCUUGCUACCUUGAGAAGUUUGGUCUGGUAUAUGCCGAGCUGGGUCAUUGGAAACGGGCUCGAACAUUGCAGCAUGCCGUGGUGGAUUUUCGAGCAAAACGCCUCGGGAGAUGGCACCGGGACACCAUUGCUGCAAAACGGGCGUUAGCAAACUCUUAUUGGAAUCUAUUUGAAAUCGAGAAAUGCGUGAUGCUCCAGAAAGAAAUAUGGACGAUGCAGUGGUGGGUCCGGCCAUCAUUAUUCUACUGGUUCAGCUGGCCCCCUUGGCGACCAGCGCAUGUUUCGUAUGGCCUCGCCUUGGAUGAUUUGACACGCUCCCUGUGGCUGGCUGGCCAGAGGAACUGGUCUAAAAGGACAGGAGAAGCCGCAGUAAAAGUCCUGAGCCGAUAUCUGGGAGAAGAUGACCCGUUGACUCUGAACGCCAUGUUCAACCUUGCCAGAACAUAUCUUCAUUUGGGCCAGCAUUCUCAAAGUCACAGUCUACUCGAAACCGUGUUCGAAAAACGCACACAUUUCUUUGGCCCGGACCAUCCUGAUACACUGAUGGUGAGAAAUGAACUCGGCAUGAGUUUAUGCUCUCAGAAGCUUAACCUGGACGAGGCUGAGCGCCACGUAUCUAACACACUCGAAAGACGCAAGAAGGUCCUUGGUGAAGAGCACGCCUACACCUUAUGGUCGAUAAACGACCUAUCAAAGAUCUAUUGCGAGCGUCGCCAAUUUACUGAUGCAGCACGUAUCUUGGAACAAAUCAUUCCCAUUGUCGAGCGUACGUUGGGAAAGGACCAUGUGGGUAUGAUGAUGACGAAAGGUAAUCUGUGCAGAGCAUACAUCUAUUGUGAACGGUGGAAAGAAGCCAGUGAGCUGAUUCGAGAUCUUCAUGAAAUUGUCAAACCCGAUCAUCCGGACCGCAUUCAUCUUUAUUGGGGAUACACAUAUGUUCUUUUACAUGAAGGGAAGCUAGAUGAAGCGGAGACAUGCUGUAACACAAUUCUAUCCAACGUGGCCAACACGCGGAAUCUUGAGCUUCAAAGUCCACGGGUGCUGGCAGUUGCAGAGAUCUUAUUAGCAAUUCUUUCGAAGCAAGAUCGCAGGGAUGAGAUAGUCCAGCUCAAGGCACGAUUUCCUCGUAUUGGUGGCGAGGAAACCAUGCAAUCGAUUGAUCACAUGCCGCUGGGACUUUUGAAACGCUGGUUAGCAAGUUCAUCGACAACGAUGUGACCCUUUUGCAGUAUCAAUUUAAACGAUGACCUGUAUAUUUCCUAAUGUCUAUCCUCUAGAACUUAUUUCCCUCAUGCUCUAUUGAAUCCAAGAGUAGUUGAUACUUUUUCCCUUGUUGAUAUCACAUUCUAUCCAGUUCUCAUGUCGAAUCCCGACCUUCAUCGCGAUUCCCCCUUCCCAUUAGGCACAGCUAGGAACAACCCCUCGGACGCUUCCGCGUCAUCUAUAACAGGAUACAUAUACUCGACAGGUAAAAUAUUCCUGUUCUCUAACACGCUCCUACACUAUACUACUCAAUUCCUUUCCUUGUCUCUCCCCAAACAUUCGCAUAGCAUCUUUGUGAUGAACAGGGCGUGUCGAGGACUGACCGGCAUGGAUGUUCACUACAUCAAGAAGCGAAUCUGUUCAAGAUAGCUGCAGAGCGACUGGGAUUUGGGUACUCAAUUGCAUUGAUGUUGUAGCUUGUUGUGAGCGAAAUAAUAAUAUCCUACAGUGGUCGGACUAUCUGGCUGAAGAAGCCAAAAUUGUCUUCCAGUUGUUUCAUUUGUGUGAAAUGGCCAGUGCCGGUAUACCUCGACUCCGAACAUCUAUUUCUCCGUAAAUUAACGGUUGAGUCGUCUCCGGACGAUCAAAAGUUUGUAUAGUAGAGCGCUAACUCAAGUCCAACUGAAUCUCUUUGUAUAGAGUCAGGCCGAGUUCGGAGUCGGGUAUCAUCGCUGAUCCUCGGCUUGUGGGUCUUGGUGACACAGGGCGUGCCUUAAUUAUAGAGCUCUGUUUGAAUGAAAACUUCCCUUCCUUAGUGCUUCUCAAUCCAUUCAA